AAGAAAAUAAAAAACAUUCUACAGACAAAUCAAAGAAGAGUCAUCCACAGGAGACAAUGGAAGUGACCCUGAAAACAGAAGUGGAAGCUGGAGCUAGUGGUUUUAGUGUGAAAGGUGGAGGAAAUGAAGGAAUAUUUAUUAAAAAAGUACUUAAGGAAUCUCCUGCUUCAAAAAUAUUUAGUCUUAGAGAAGGUGAUCAGCUUCUAAGUGCUACAAUAUUUUUUGAUAAUAUCAAAUAUGAAGAUGCACUCAAGAUUCUCCAAUAUUCCGAGCCAUACAGAGUCCAAUUCAGCCUCAAAAGAAAAAUUGCCGUGCAAGAAGAUCUAGAACACUCCACAGCCCAGCACAAAAGGGAAAAGAUAGGCCAGGAAAAAGAAUUCAGUGAGAGCAUUCCUGAAGAAACACUGCAUGUUUCAGGAAAAGCCAUUUCAGAAGAAGACAGGGAAACAUUAAUUGUAAGCCAAAGGGUAGGAAGAAGUAAGAGACCUAAAAAAGAUAGAUUAUCAUGGCCAAAAUUUCAGUCAAUCAAAAAUAAAAAGAUAUUGAGGCACAGAAGAUCUCACAGUACAUCAGAUGCAUAUGAGCCUGCUGUGCAGGAUAUUUCCCCUACAAGCACGGACACAGAGUCUCAAUUUCCACAAGAGGUCCAUACCAAAGAGAAAAAAGGAAGCCAAAGGAAACUGAAGUUCCCUAGCAUUGGAUUCAGAAUGCACAGGUCCAGAGCAGAACCACAAGAAAAGCAAAAAAAAGAAAUAAAAACUACACUGAUCUCUGAAAAAGAAAAAAUAUAUAAAGAUGAUAUAAGCCUGGAAAAUCCCGAAAUCUUAACUGUUGAAUAUACCACAUCUUCUGCUUAUGAAAUGAAAACAGGGGAGGGACAUGAAACUUUAACAAAAGACUUAAAAGAGAUGAAAAAUGGUAUUCCAUCUCAUGUAAAACAAUGCCCUGAAGUUGAAAUAAGCAUUAAAAAAGAAAAAGAUAAGGAAGCAACAUCAAAAUUUAGUGUAACUGAAGUACCAGACAUAACAACAGAGAUAUCAAAGCCCAGUUUAGAAACAGCUGAUCUGAAAGUAAGCCCAACUAAAAAAUCACCACAAGCCUCAUCAAAAUCCCGAAAAAAGAAACAGAAGGGAACAGCAGAUAAAAAAGAUGGAGAAAGUGGAAUUAACAUAGACUUGGUAGGUCACAGUACUAAAGGAUAUGUACAGGUAAAAGGCCUAGAAAUUGGCACUGCUAAAGCAGAAUUACAGACAUCUGACACACUGGAAACAGGAGAAAAACAAGCAGAACAAGACACACAAAUACUAAACAUUCAGAAAAUAAAUUAUGGAAUUUCAGUGCCCAAAGAAAAAGAGACAGACACUGACACUACCAAACAGGGAAGUGACGUUCCACAUUCAGUACCAGAAAAAACAGCUGAUAUGACUUUAGAGGACAGCAGGAAUUUCAAUGUGAAAACUCUUAUGCCAGAUGCAGAAUCAGAUGUGUCUACUUCAAAAAUACAAAUGCCAUCAUUCAAAGUGGUCAAAGCACCUAAAACUGACAUGAAAAUGACAAGAGAAGAAAGCAGAGAGGACACAAAAGAUAGUGUAAAAAAGGAAAGGAUGGAGGAUAAUGGCAUGCCUACAAAUGACAAAGCCUUAAACAUAGAAAUUGGAAUGAAGAGAGGAGAAAAAGAUAUAGACGGGAAAGAAAGCAAAUUCAGACUGCCAAAGUUAAAAUUCCCUACAUUUACCUGGUCAACAACUAAGGAAGAAACAGCCCAACCUGAAGCACAGAUAAGUGAAAAGGAAGUAAAAGUGCAAACACUAGAAAAUGCCGAAGGACUUCAGGUAAAUGGACCACCAGGAGAAAUUAGGACUCCAAGUGCUGAUAUGCAUAUAGGAAUAUCCAUAGGAAAAAGACUUGAUAAUAAUAUAAAGCAAAAUCCCAAAGGCCAGUUACCGAGUCUGAAAGAAUCAACUAUAAAAUCUUCGCCAGUGGAAACUAAAACUGAAGACACAAAAGAAAAAAUACGGAUUUCAAAAAGAGAUAUUGAAAUAGACAUAAAGGAAUUCAAUAAAAAAUCAAAAGAUGAAAUUUCAGAAAUUACACCAUCUGACGUCAAAGCACCCAAGGUGGACAUCAGCCUACCCUCCAUCGACGUCACCCUUCCACAGGCCGGCCUCGACCUGCAGGCGCCCGAGGCCACUCUUAGCCUUGAAGGAGAAGCCAAGGUCCCAGAGAAAGAGGCCGGCAAGACCAAGGACGGCAAGUUCAAGAUGCCCAAGUUCGGCAUGCCUUCCUUUGGCUGGUCCAGCAGCAAAGAGGCCAAGGGCACAGUGGCUGCAGAGGUGGACGUCAGUCUCCAGGAGCCUCAAGUGACGGUGCCUUCCGGGGCCACCGAAGUGGAAGUGAGCCUGGCCGCAGCCGAUAUCCAAGCGCCCAGUGUGGAGGUGACCGUCGAGGCGGCCCCAGCUGCAGCAGAGGGUGAGAAAGGCCGAUUCAAGAUGCCCGACGUCAAGAUGCCCAGCGUCAAGCUGCCCAAAGUCAAAGCUCCCCAGGCGCAGGUCAGCCUGCCCAAGGCCGAGGUGUCGCUGCCCAAAGGCCAGGAGGGCGAAGUCGCCCUGCAGGGGCCCGAGGCCGAAGCCAGCCUGGAGGUGGCCGCUGGCAAAGCUGAGGGCGGCGGCAUGAAAAUACACAUGCCCAAAGUCAAGGUGCCCAGCGUGGUCUUCUCUAAGCCCACCGUCAAGUCUCCCAAACUGGAUGCGGACGUCAGCCUCCCACAGGCGGAGCUGAAGGCCGCUGACGCCGACAUCACCGUCACGGCCCCCGACGUCACGCUGCCCUCCGUCGAAGGCUCCCUCGAGAUCCAGGCGCCUGACACAGACCUCAAAGCGCCCUCCGCCGAGGGCAAGCUUGAGCUGGAAGGCUCGGGUCUGAAAGGCAAGCUCAAGAUGCCCAAGUUUGACAAGCCCAAAUUCACAGUGUCCUCCCCCAAGGCCGUGGUGCCCACAGUCGAGGUCAGUUUGCCCAGCGCAGAGGUCGACCUCCCCUCCACCACCGUGACGGCCGCAGGGGAGGGCACCGGCUUGAAGCUGGAGAAGCCCUCCCUCAAGAUGCCCAAAGCUGAGGUCAAAGCUCCCAAGGUGGACAUCAGCCUGCCCUCCGUCGACGUCACCCUUCCACAGGCCGGCCUCGACCUGCAGGCGCCCGAGGCCACCCUUAGCCUUGAAGGAGAAGCCAAGGUCCCAGAGAAAGAGGCCGGCAAGACCAAGGACGGCAAGUUCAAGAUGCCCAAGUUCGGCAUGCCUUCCUUUGGCUGGUCCAGCAGCAAAGAGGCCAAGGGCACAGUGGCCGCAGAGGUGGACGUCAGUCUCCAGGAGCAUCAAGUGACGGUGCCUUCCGGGGCCACCGAAGUGGAAGUGAGCCUGGCCGCAGCCGAUAUCCAAGCGCCCAGUGUGGAGGUGACUGUCGAGACGGCCCCAGCUGCAGCAGAGGGUGAGAAAGGCCGAUUCAAGAUGCCCGACGUCAAGAUGCCCAGCGUCAAGCUGCCCAAAGUCAAAGCUCCCCAGGCGCAGGUCAGCCUGCCCAAGGCCGAGGUGUCGCUGCCCAAAGGCCAGGAGGGCGAAGUCGCCCUGCAGGGGCCCGAGGCCGAAGCCAGCCUGGAGGUGGCCGCUGGCAAAGCUGAGGGCGGCGGCAUGAAAAUACACAUGCCCAAAGUCAAGGUGCCCAGCGUGGUCUUCUCUAAGCCCACCGUCAAGUCUCCCAAACUGGAUGCGGACGUCAGCCUCCCACAGGCGGAGCUGAAGGCCGCUGACGCCGACAUCACCGUCACGGCCCCCGACGUCACGCUGCCCUCCGUCGAAGGCUCCCUCGAGAUCCAGGCGCCUGACACAGACCUCAAAGCGCCCUCCGCCGAGGGCAAGCUCGAGCUGGAAGGCUCGGGUCUGAAAGGCAAGCUCAAGAUGCCCAAGUUUGACAAGCCCAAAUUCACAGUGUCCUCCCCCAAGGCCGUGGCGCCCACAGUCGAGGUCAGUUUGCCCAGCGCAGAGGUCGACCUCCCCUCCACCACCGUGACGGCCGCAGGGGAGGGCACCGGCUUGAAGCUGGAGAAGCCCUCCCUCAAGAUGCCCAAAGCUGAGGUCAAAGCUCCCAAGGUGGACAUCAGCCUGCCCUCCGUCGACGUCACCCUUCCACAGGCCGGCCUCGACCUGCAGGCGCCCGAGGCCACCCUUAGCCUUGAAGGAGAAGCCAAGGUCCCAGAGAAAGAGGCCGGCAAGACCAAGGACGGCAAGUUCAAGAUGCCCAAGUUCGGCAUGCCUUCCUUUGGCUGGUCCAGCAGCAAAGAGGCCAAGGGCACAGUGGCCGCAGAGGUGGACGUCAGUCUCCAGGAGCCUCAAGUGACGGUGCCUUCCGGGGCCACCGAAGUGGAAGUGAGCCUGGCCGCAGCCGAUAUCCAAGCGCCCAGUGUGGAGGUGGCCGUCGAGACGGCCCCAGCUGCAGCAGAGGGUGAGAAAGGCCGAUUCAAGAUGCCCGACGUCAAGAUGCCCAGCGUCAAGCUGCCCAAAGUCAAAGCUCCCCAGGCGCAGGUCAGCCUGCCCAAGGCCGAGGUGUCGCUGCCCAAAGGCCAGGAGGGCGAAGUCGCCCUGCAGGGGCCCGAGGCCGAAGCCAGCCUGGAGGUGGCCGCUGGCAAAGCUGAGGGCGGCGGCAUGAAAAUACACAUGCCCAAAGUCAAGGUGCCCAGCGUGGUCUUCUCUAAGCCCACCGUCAAGUCUCCCAAACUGGAUGCGGACGUCAGCCUCCCACAGGCGGAGCUGAAGGCCGCUGACGCCGACAUCACCGUCACGGCCCCCGACGUCACGCUGCCCUCUGUCGAAGGCUCCCUCGAGAUCCAGGCGCCUGACACAGACCUCAAAGCGCCCUCCGCUGAGGGCAAGCUCGAGCUGGAAGGCUCGGGUCUGAAAGGCAAGCUCAAGAUGCCCAAGUUUGACAAGCCCAAAUUCACAGUGUCCUCCCCCAAGGCCGUGGCGCCCACAGUCGAGGUCAGUUUGCCCAGCGCAGAGGUCGACCUCCCCUCCACCACCGUGACGGCCGCAGGGGAGGGCACCGGCUUGAAGCUGGAGAAGCCCUCCCUCAAGAUGCCCAAAGCUGAGGUCAAAGCUCCCAAGGUGGACAUCAGCCUGCCCUCCGUCGACGUCACCCUUCCACAGGCCGGCCUCGACCUGCAGGCGCCCGAGGCCACCCUUAGCCUUGAAGGAGAAGCCAAGGUCCCAGAGAAGGAGGCCGGCAAGACCAAGGACGGCAAGUUCAAGAUGCCCAAGUUCGGCAUGCCUUCCUUUGGCUGGUCCAGCAGCAAAGAGGCCAAGGGCACAGUGGCCGCAGAGGUGGACGUCAGUCUCCAGGAGCCUCAAGUGACGGUGCCUUCCGGGGCCACCGAAGUGGAAGUGAGCCUGGCCGCAGCCGAUAUCCAAGCGCCCAGUGUGGAGGUGACUGUCGAGACGGCCCCAGCUGCAGCAGAGGGUGAGAAAGGCCGAUUCAAGAUGCCCGACGUCAAGAUGCCCAGCGUCAAGCUGCCCAAAGUCAAAGCUCCCCAGGCGCAGGUCAGCCUGCCCAAGGCCGAGGUGUCGCUGCCCAAAGGCCAGGAGGGCGAAGUCGCCCUGCAGGGGCCCGAGGCCGAAGCCAGCCUGGAGGUGGCCGCUGGCAAAGCUGAGGGCGGCGGCAUGAAAAUACACAUGCCCAAAGUCAAGGUGCCCAGCGUGGUCUUCUCUAAGCCCACCGUCAAGUCUCCCAAACUGGAUGCGGACGUCAGCCUCCCACAGGCGGAGCUGAAGGCCGCUGACGCCGACAUCACCGUCACGGCCCCCGACGUCACGCUGCCCUCCGUCGAAGGCUCCCUCGAGAUCCAGGCGCCUGACACAGACCUCAAAGCGCCCUCCGCCGAGGGCAAGCUCGAGCUGGAAGGCUCGGGUCUGAAAGGCAAGCUCAAGAUGCCCAAGUUUGACAAGCCCAAAUUCACAGUGUCCUCCCCCAAGGCCGUGGCGCCCACAGUCGAGGUCAGUUUGCCCAGCGCAGAGGUCGACCUCCCCUCCACCACCGUGACGGCCGCAGGGGAGGGCACCGGCUUGAAGCUGGAGAAGCCCUCCCUCAAGAUGCCCAAAGCUGAGGUCAAAGCUCCCAAGGUGGACAUCAGCCUGCCCUCCGUCGACGUCACCCUUCCACAGGCCGGCCUCGACCUGCAGGCGCCCGAGGCCACCCUUAGCCUUGAAGGAGAAGCCAAGGUCCCAGAGAAAGAGGCCGGCAAGACCAAGGACGGCAAGUUCAAGAUGCCCAAGUUCGGCAUGCCUUCCUUUGGCUGGUCCAGCAGCAAAGAGGCCAAGGGCACAGUGGCCGCAGAGGUGGACGUCAGUCUCCAGGAGCCUCAAGUGACGGUGCCUUCCGGGGCCACCGAAGUGGAAGUGAGCCUGGCCGCAGCCGAUAUCCAAGCGCCCAGUGUGGAGGUGACUGUCGAGGCGGCCCCAGCUGCAGCAGAGGGUGAGAAAGGCCGAUUCAAGAUGCCCGACGUCAAGAUGCCCAGCGUCAAGCUGCCCAAAGUCAAAGCUCCCCAGGCGCAGGUCAGCCUGCCCAAGGCCGAGGUGUCGCUGCCCAAAGGCCAGGAGGGCGAAGUCGCCCUGCAGGGGCCCGAGGCCGAAGCCAGCCUGGAGGUGGCCGCUGGCAAAGCUGAGGGCGGCGGCAUGAAAAUACACAUGCCCAAAGUCAAGGUGCCCAGCGUGGUCUUCUCUAAGCCCACCGUCAAGUCUCCCAAACUGGAUGCGGACGUCAGCCUCCCACAGGCGGAGCUGAAGGCCGCUGACGCCGACAUCACCGUCACGGCCCCCGACGUCACGCUGCCCUCCGUCGAAGGCUCCCUCGAGAUCCAGGCGCCUGACACAGACCUCAAAGCGCCCUCCGCCGAGGGCAAGCUCGAGCUGGAAGGCUCGGGUCUGAAAGGCAAGCUCAAGAUGCCCAAGUUUGACAAGCCCAAAUUCACAGUGUCCUCCCCCAAGGCCGUGGCGCCCACAGUCGAGGUCAGUUUGCCCAGCGCAGAGGUCGACCUCCCCUCCACCACCGUGACGGCCGCAGGGGAGGGCACCGGCUUGAAGCUGGAGAAGCCCUCCCUCAAGAUGCCCAAAGCUGAGGUCAAAGCUCCCAAGGUGGACAUCAGCCUGCCCUCCGUCGACGUCACCCUUCCACAGGCCGGCCUCGACCUGCAGGCGCCCGAGGCCACCCUUAGCCUUGAAGGAGAAGCCAAGGUCCCAGAGAAAGAGGCCGGCAAGACCAAGGACGGCAAGUUCAAGAUGCCCAAGUUCGGCAUGCCUUCCUUUGGCUGGUCCAGCAGCAAAGAGGCCAAGGGCACAGUGGCCGCAGAGGUGGACGUCAGUCUCCAGGAGCCUCAAGUGACGGUGCCUUCCGGGGCCACCGAAGUGGAAGUGAGCCUGGCCGCAGCCGAUAUCCAAGCGCCCAGUGUGGAGGUGACUGUCGAGGCGGCCCCAGCUGCAGCAGAGGGUGAGAAAGGCCGAUUCAAGAUGCCCGACGUCAAGAUGCCCAGCGUCAAGCUGCCCAAAGUCAAAGCUCCCCAGGCGCAGGUCAGCCUGCCCAAGGCCGAGGUGUCGCUGCCCAAAGGCCAGGAGGGCGAAGUCGCCCUGCAGGGGCCCGAGGCCGAAGCCAGCCUGGAGGUGGCCGCUGGCAAAGCUGAGGGCGGCGGCAUGAAAAUACACAUGCCCAAAGUCAAGGUGCCCAGCGUGGUCUUCUCUAAGCCCACCGUCAAGUCUCCCAAACUGGAUGCGGACGUCAGCCUCCCACAGGCGGAGCUGAAGGCCGCUGACGCCGACAUCACCGUCACGGCCCCCGACGUCACGCUGCCCUCCGUCGAAGGCUCCCUCGAGAUCCAGGCGCCUGACACAGACCUCAAAGCGCCCUCCGCCGAGGGCAAGCUCGAGCUGGAAGGCUCGGGUCUGAAAGGCAAGCUCAAGAUGCCCAAGUUUGACAAGCCCAAAUUCACAGUGUCCUCCCCCAAGGCCGUGGCGCCCACAGUCGAGGUCAGUUUGCCCAGCGCAGAGGUCGACCUCCCCUCCACCACCGUGACGGCCGCAGGGGAGGGCACCGGCUUGAAGCUGGAGAAGCCCUCCCUCAAGAUGCCCAAAGCUGAGGUCAAAGCUCCCAAGGUGGACAUCAGCCUGCCCUCCGUCGACGUCACCCUUCCACAGGCCGGCCUCGACCUGCAGGCGCCCGAGGCCACCCUUAGCCUUGAAGGAGAAGCCAAGGUCCCAGAGAAAGAGGCCGGCAAGACCAAGGACGGCAAGUUCAAGAUGCCCAAGUUCGGCAUGCCUUCCUUUGGCUGGUCCAGCAGCAAAGAGGCCAAGGGCACAGUGGCCGCAGAGGUGGACGUCAGUCUCCAGGAGCCUCAAGUGACGGUGCCUUCCGGGGCCACCGAAGUGGAAGUGAGCCUGGCCGCAGCCGAUAUCCAAGCGCCCAGUGUGGAGGUGACUGUCGAGACGGCCCCAGCUGCAGCAGAGGGUGAGAAAGGCCGAUUCAAGAUGCCCGACGUCAAGAUGCCCAGCGUCAAGCUGCCCAAAGUCAAAGCUCCCCAGGCGCAGGUCAGCCUGCCCAAGGCCGAGGUGUCGCUGCCCAAAGGCCAGGAGGGCGAAGUCGCCCUGCAGGGGCCCGAGGCCGAAGCCAGCCUGGAGGUGGCCGCUGGCAAAGCUGAGGGCGGCGGCAUGAAAAUACACAUGCCCAAAGUCAAGGUGCCCAGCGUGGUCUUCUCUAAGCCCACCGUCAAGUCUCCCAAACUGGAUGCGGACGUCAGCCUCCCACAGGCGGAGCUGAAGGCCGCUGACGCCGACAUCACCGUCACGGCCCCCGACGUCACGCUGCCCUCCGUCGAAGGCUCCCUCGAGAUCCAGGCGCCUGACACAGACCUCAAAGCGCCCUCCGCCGAGGGCAAGCUCGAGCUGGAAGGCUCGGGUCUGAAAGGCAAGCUCAAGAUGCCCAAGUUUGACAAGCCCAAAUUCACAGUGUCCUCCCCCAAGGCCGUGGCGCCCACAGUCGAGGUCAGUUUGCCCAGCGCAGAGGUCGACCUCCCCUCCACCACCGUGACGGCCGCAGGGGAGGGCACCGGCUUGAAGCUGGAGAAGCCCUCCCUCAAGAUGCCCAAAGCUGAGGUCAAAGCUCCCAAGGUGGACAUCAGCCUGCCCUCCGUCGACGUCACCCUUCCACAGGCCGGCCUCGACCUGCAGGCGCCCGAGGCCACCCUUAGCCUUGAAGGAGAAGCCAAGGUCCCAGAGAAGGAGGCCGGCAAGACCAAGGACGGCAAGUUCAAGAUGCCCAAGUUCGGCAUGCCUUCCUUUGGCUGGUCCAGCAGCAAAGAGGCCAAGGGCACAGUGGCCGCAGAGGUGGACGUCAGUCUCCAGGAGCCUCAAGUGACGGUGCCUUCCGGGGCCACCGAAGUGGAAGUGAGCCUGGCCGCAGCCGAUAUCCAAGCGCCCAGUGUGGAGGUGACCGUCGAGACGGCCCCAGCUGCAGCAGAGGGUGAGAAAGGCCGAUUCAAGAUGCCCGACGUCAAGAUGCCCAGCGUCAAGCUGCCCAAAGUCAAAGCUCCCCAGGCGCAGGUCAGCCUGCCCAAGGCCGAGGUGUCGCUGCCCAAAGGCCAGGAGGGCGAAGUCGCCCUGCAGGGGCCCGAGGCCGAAGCCAGCCUGGAGGUGGCCGCUGGCAAAGCUGAGGGCGGCGGCAUGAAAAUACACAUGCCCAAAGUCAAGGUGCCCAGCGUGGUCUUCUCUAAGCCCACCGUCAAGUCUCCCAAACUGGAUGCGGACGUCAGCCUCCCACAGGCGGAGCUGAAGGCCGCUGACGCCGACAUCACCGUCACGGCCCCCGACGUCACGCUGCCCUCCGUCGAAGGCUCCCUCGAGAUCCAGGCGCCUGACACAGACCUCAAAGCGCCCUCCGCCGAGGGCAAGCUCGAGCUGGAAGGCUCGGGUCUGAAAGGCAAGCUCAAGAUGCCCAAGUUUGACAAGCCCAAAUUCACAGUGUCCUCCCCCAAGGCCGUGGCGCCCACAGUCGAGGUCAGUUUGCCCAGCGCAGAGGUCGACCUCCCCUCCACCACCGUGACGGCCGCAGGGGAGGGCACCGGCUUGAAGCUGGAGAAGCCCUCCCUCAAGAUGCCCAAAGCUGAGGUCAAAGCUCCCAAGGUGGACAUCAGCCUGCCCUCCGUCGACGUCACCCUUCCACAGGCCGGCCUCGACCUGCAGGCGCCCGAGGCCACCCUUAGCCUUGAAGGAGAAGCCAAGGUCCCAGAGAAAGAGGCCGGCAAGACCAAGGACGGCAAGUUCAAGAUGCCCAAGUUCGGCAUGCCUUCCUUUGGCUGGUCCAGCAGCAAAGAGGCCAAGGGCACAGUGGCCGCAGAGGUGGACGUCAGUCUCCAGGAGCCUCAAGUGACGGUGCCUUCCGGGGCCACCGAAGUGGAAGUGAGCCUGGCCGCAGCCGAUAUCCAAGCGCCCAGUGUGGAGGUGACUGUCGAGACGGCCCCAGCUGCAGCAGAGGGUGAGAAAGGCCGAUUCAAGAUGCCCGACGUCAAGAUGCCCAGCGUCAAGCUGCCCAAAGUCAAAGCUCCCCAGGCGCAGGUCAGCCUGCCCAAGGCCGAGGUGUCGCUGCCCAAAGGCCAGGAGGGCGAAGUCGCCCUGCAGGGGCCCGAGGCCGAAGCCAGCCUGGAGGUGGCCGCUGGCAAAGCUGAGGGCGGCGGCAUGAAAAUACACAUGCCCAAAGUCAAGGUGCCCAGCGUGGUCUUCUCUAAGCCCACCGUCAAGUCUCCCAAACUGGAUGCGGACGUCAGCCUCCCACAGGCGGAGCUGAAGGCCGCUGACGCCGACAUCACCGUCACGGCCCCCGACGUCACGCUGCCCUCCGUCGAAGGCUCCCUCGAGAUCCAGGCGCCUGACACAGACCUCAAAGCGCCCUCCGCCGAGGGCAAGCUCGAGCUGGAAGGCUCGGGUCUGAAAGGCAAGCUCAAGAUGCCCAAGUUUGACAAGCCCAAAUUCACAGUGUCCUCCCCCAAGGCCGUGGCGCCCACAGUCGAGGUCAGUUUGCCCAGCGCAGAGGUCGACCUCCCCUCCACCACCGUGACGGCCGCAGGGGAGGGCACCGGCUUGAAGCUGGAGAAGCCCUCCCUCAAGAUGCCCAAAGCUGAGGUCAAAGCUCCCAAGGUGGACAUCAGCCUGCCCUCCGUCGACGUCACCCUUCCACAGGCCGGCCUCGACCUGCAGGCGCCCGAGGCCACCCUUAGCCUUGAAGGAGAAGCCAAGGUCCCAGAGAAAGAGGCCGGCAAGACCAAGGACGGCAAGUUCAAGAUGCCCAAGUUCGGCAUGCCUUCCUUUGGCUGGUCCAGCAGCAAAGAGGCCAAGGGCACAGUGGCCGCAGAGGUGGACGUCAGUCUCCAGGAGCCUCAAGUGACGGUGCCUUCCGGGGCCACCGAAGUGGAAGUGAGCCUGGCCGCAGCCGAUAUCCAAGCGCCCAGUGUGGAGGUGACUGUCGAGACGGCCCCAGCUGCAGCAGAGGGUGAGAAAGGCCGAUUCAAGAUGCCCGACGUCAAGAUGCCCAGCGUCAAGCUGCCCAAAGUCAAAGCUCCCCAGGCGCAGGUCAGCCUGCCCAAGGCCGAGGUGUCGCUGCCCAAAGGCCAGGAGGGCGAAGUCGCCCUGCAGGGGCCCGAGGCCGAAGCCAGCCUGGAGGUGGCCGCUGGCAAAGCUGAGGGCGGCGGCAUGAAAAUACACAUGCCCAAAGUCAAGGUGCCCAGCGUGGUCUUCUCUAAGCCCACCGUCAAGUCUCCCAAACUGGAUGCGGACGUCAGCCUCCCACAGGCGGAGCUGAAGGCCGCUGACGCCGACAUCACCGUCACGGCCCCCGACGUCACGCUGCCCUCCGUCGAAGGCUCCCUCGAGAUCCAGGCGCCUGACACAGACCUCAAAGCGCCCUCCGCCGAGGGCAAGCUCGAGCUGGAAGGCUCGGGUCUGAAAGGCAAGCUCAAGAUGCCCAAGUUUGACAAGCCCAAAUUCACAGUGUCCUCCCCCAAGGCCGUGGCGCCCACAGUCGAGGUCAGUUUGCCCAGCGCAGAGGUCGACCUCCCCUCCACCACCGUGACGGCCGCAGGGGAGGGCACCGGCUUGAAGCUGGAGAAGCCCUCCCUCAAGAUGCCCAAAGCUGAGGUCAAAGCUCCCAAGGUGGACAUCAGCCUGCCCUCCGUCGACGUCACCCUUCCACAGGCCGGCCUCGACCUGCAGGCGCCCGAGGCCACCCUUAGCCUUGAAGGAGAAGCCAAGGUCCCAGAGAAAGAGGCCGGCAAGACCAAGGACGGCAAGUUCAAGAUGCCCAAGUUCGGCAUGCCUUCCUUUGGCUGGUCCAGCAGCAAAGAGGCCAAGGGCACAGUGGCCGCAGAGGUGGACGUCAGUCUCCAGGAGCCUCAAGUGACGGUGCCUUCCGGGGCCACCGAAGUGGAAGUGAGCCUGGCCGCAGCCGAUAUCCAAGCGCCCAGUGUGGAGGUGACUGUCGAGACGGCCCCAGCUGCAGCAGAGGGUGAGAAAGGCCGAUUCAAGAUGCCCGACGUCAAGAUGCCCAGCGUCAAGCUGCCCAAAGUCAAAGCUCCCCAGGCGCAGGUCAGCCUGCCCAAGGCCGAGGUGUCGCUGCCCAAAGGCCAGGAGGGCGAAGUCGCCCUGCAGGGGCCCGAGGCCGAAGCCAGCCUGGAGGUGGCCGCUGGCAAAGCUGAGGGCGGCGGCAUGAAAAUACACAUGCCCAAAGUCAAGGUGCCCAGCGUGGUCUUCUCUAAGCCCACCGUCAAGUCUCCCAAACUGGAUGCGGACGUCAGCCUCCCACAGGCGGAGCUGAAGGCCGCUGACGCCGACAUCACCGUCACGGCCCCCGACGUCACGCUGCCCUCCGUCGAAGGCUCCCUCGAGAUCCAGGCGCCUGACACAGACCUCAAAGCGCCCUCCGCCGAGGGCAAGCUCGAGCUGGAAGGCUCGGGUCUGAAAGGCAAGCUCAAGAUGCCCAAGUUUGACAAGCCCAAAUUCACAGUGUCCUCCCCCAAGGCCGUGGCGCCCACAGUCGAGGUCAGUUUGCCCAGCGCAGAGGUCGACCUCCCCUCCACCACCGUGACGGCCGCAGGGGAGGGCACCGGCUUGAACGCAGAGGUCGACCUCCCCUCCACCACCGUGACGGCCGCAGGGGAGGGCACCGGCUUGAAGCUGGAGAAGCCCUCCCUCAAGAUGCCCAAAGCUGAGGUCAAAGCUCCCAAGGUGGACAUCAGCCUGCCCUCCGUCGACGUCACCCUUCCACAGGCCGGCCUCGACCUGCAGGCGCCCGAGACCACCCUUAGCCUUGAAGGAGAAGCCAAGGUCCCAGAGAAGGAGGCCGGCAAGACCAAGGACGGCAAGUUCAAGAUGCCCAAGUUCGGCAUGCCUUCCUUUGGCUGGUCCAGCAGCAAAGAGGCCAAGGGCACAGUGGCCGCAGAGGUGGACGUCAGUCUCCAGGAGCCUCAAGUGACGGUGCCUUCCGGGGCCACCGAAGUGGAAGUGACCCUGGCCGCAGCCGAUAUCCAAGCGCCCAGUGUGGAGGUGGCCGUCGAGACGGCCCCAGCUGCAGCAGAGGGUGAGAAAGGCCGAUUCAAGAUGCCCGACGUCAAGAUGCCCAGCGUCAAGCUGCCCAAAGUCAAAGCUCCCCAGGCGCAGGUCAGCCUGCCCAAGGCCGAGGUGUCGCUGCCCAAAGGCCAGGAGGGCGAAGUCGCCCUGCAGGGGCCCGAGGCCGAAGCCAGCCUGGAGGUGGCCGCUGGCAAAGCUGAGGGCGGCGGCAUGAAAAUACACAUGCCCAAAGUCAAGGUGCCCAGCGUGGUCUUCUCUAAGCCCACCGUCAAGUCUCCCAAACUGGAUGCGGACGUCAGCCUCCCACAGGCGGAGCUGAAGGCCGCUGACGCCGACAUCACCGUCACGGCCCCCGACGUCACGCUGCCCUCCGUCGAAGGCUCCCUCGAGAUCCAGGCGCCUGACACAGACCUCAAAGCGCCCUCCGCCGAGGGCAAGCUCGAGCUGGAAGGCUCGGGUCUGAAAGGCAAGCUCAAGAUGCCCAAGUUUGACAAGCCCAAAUUCACAGUGUCCUCCCCCAAGGCCGUGGCGCCCACAGUCGAGGUCAGUUUGCCCAGCGCAGAGGUCGACCUCCCCUCCACCACCGUGACGGCCGCAGGGGAGGGCACCGGCUUGAAGCUGGAGAAGCCCUCCCUCAAGAUGCCCAAAGCUGAGGUCAAAGCUCCCAAGGUGGACAUCAGCCUGCCCUCCGUCGACGUCUCCCUUCCACAGGCCGGCCUCGACCUGCAGGCGCCCGAGACCACCCUUAGCCUUGAAGGAGAAGCCAAGGUCCCAGAGAAGGAGGCUGGCAAGACCAAGGACGGCAAGUUCAAGAUGCCCAAGUUCGGCAUGCCUUCCUUUGGCUGGUCCAGCAGCAAAGAGGCCAAGGGCACAGUGGCCGCAGAGGUGGACGUCAGUCUCCAGGAGCCUCAAGUGACGGUGCCUUCCGGGGCCACCGAAGUGGAAGUGACCCUGGCCGCAGCCGAUAUCCAAGCGCCCAGUGUGGAGGUGGCCGUCGAGACGGCCCCAGCUGCAGCAGAGGGUGAGAAAGGCCGAUUCAAGAUGCCCGACGUCAAGAUGCCCAGCGUCAAGCUGCCCAAAGUCAAAGCUCCCCAGGCGCAGGUCAGCCUGCCCAAGGCCGAGGUGUCGCUGCCCAAAGGCCAGGAGGGCGAAGUCGCCCUGCAGGGGCCCGAGGCCGAAGCCAGCCUGGAGGUGGCCGCUGGCAAAGCUGAGGGCGGCGGCAUGAAAAUACACAUGCCCAAAGUCAAGGUGCCCAGCGUGGUCUUCUCUAAGCCCACCGUCAAGUCUCCCAAACUGGAUGCGGACGUCAGCCUCCCACAGGCGGAGCUGAAGGCCGCUGACGCCGACAUCACCGUCACGGCCCCCGACGUCACGCUGCCCUCCGUCGAAGGCUCCCUCGAGAUCCAGGCGCCUGACACAGACCUCAAAGCGCCCUCCGCCGAGGGCAAGCUCGAGCUGGAAGGCUCGGGUCUGAAAGGCAAGCUCAAGAUGCCCAAGUUUGACAAGCCCAAAUUCACAGUGUCCUCCCCCAAGGCCGUGGCGCCCACAGUCGAGGUCAGUUUGCCCAGCGCAGAGGUCGACCUCCCCUCCACCACCGUGACGGCCGCAGGGGAGGGCACCGGCUUGAACGCAGAGGUCGACCUCCCCUCCACCACCGUGACGGCCGCAGGGGAGGGCACCGGCUUGAAGCUGGAGAAGCCCUCCCUCAAGAUGCCCAAAGCUGAGGUCAAAGCUCCCAAGGUGGACAUCAGCCUGCCCUCCGUCGACGUCACCCUUCCACAGGCCGGCCUCGACCUGCAGGCGCCCGAGACCACCCUUAGCCUUGAAGGAGAAGCCAAGGUCCCAGAGAAGGAGGCCGGCAAGACCAAGGACGGCAAGUUCAAGAUGCCCAAGUUCGGCAUGCCUUCCUUUGGCUGGUCCAGCAGCAAAGAGGCCAAGGGCACAGUGGCCGCAGAGGUGGACGUCAGUCUCCAGGAGCCUCAAGUGACGGUGCCUUCCGGGGCCACCGAAGUGGAAGUGACCCUGGCCGCAGCCGAUAUCCAAGCGCCCAGUGUGGAGGUGGCCGUCGAGACGGCCCCAGCUGCAGCAGAGGGUGAGAAAGGCCGAUUCAAGAUGCCCGACGUCAAGAUGCCCAGCGUCAAGCUGCCCAAAGUCAAAGCUCCCCAGGCGCAGGUCAGCCUGCCCAAGGCCGAGGUGUCGCUGCCCAAAGGCCAGGAGGGCGAAGUCGCCCUGCAGGGGCCCGAGGCCGAAGCCAGCCUGGAGGUGGCCGCUGGCAAAGCUGAGGGCGGCGGCAUGAAAAUACACAUGCCCAAAGUCAAGGUGCCCAGCGUGGUCUUCUCUAAGCCCACCGUCAAGUCUCCCAAACUGGAUGCGGACGUCAGCCUCCCACAGGCGGAGCUGAAGGCCGCUGACGCCGACAUCACCGUCACGGCCCCCGACGUCACGCUGCCCUCCGUCGAAGGCUCCCUCGAGAUCCAGGCGCCUGACACAGACCUCAAAGCGCCCUCCGCCGAGGGCAAGCUCGAGCUGGAAGGCUCGGGUCUGAAAGGCAAGCUCAAGAUGCCCAAGUUUGACAAGCCCAAAUUCACAGUGUCCUCCCCCAAGGCCGUGGCGCCCACAGUCGAGGUCAGUUUGCCCAGCGCAGAGGUCGACCUCCCCUCCACCACCGUGACGGCCGCAGGGGAGGGCACCGGCUUGAACGCAGAGGUCGACCUCCCCUCCACCACCGUGACGGCCGCAGGGGAGGGCACCGGCUUGAAGCUGGAGAAGCCCUCCCUCAAGAUGCCCAAAGCUGAGGUCAAAGCUCCCAAGGUGGACAUCAGCCUGCCCUCCGUCGACGUCACCCUUCCACAGGCCGGCCUCGACCUGCAGGCGCCCGAGGCCACCCUUAGCCUUGAAGGAGAAGCCAAGGUCCCAGAGAAAGAGGCCGGCAAGACCAAGGACGGCAAGUUCAAGAUGCCCAAGUUCGGCAUGCCUUCCUUUGGCUGGUCCAGCAGCAAAGAGGCCAAGGGCACAGUGGCCGCAGAGGUGGACGUCAGUCUCCAGGAGCCUCAAGUGACGGUGCCUUCCGGGGCCACCGAAGUGGAAGUGACCCUGGCCGCAGCCGAUAUCCAAGCGCCCAGUGUGGAGGUGGCCGUCGAGACGGCCCCAGCUGCAGCAGAGGGUGAGAAAGGCCGAUUCAAGAUGCCCGACGUCAAGAUGCCCAGCGUCAAGCUGCCCAAAGUCAAAGCUCCCCAGGCGCAGGUCAGCCUGCCCAAGGCCGAGGUGUCGCUGCCCAAAGGCCAGGAGGGCGAAGUCGCCCUGCAGGGGCCCGAGGCCGAAGCCAGCCUGGAGGUGGCCGCUGGCAAAGCUGAGGGCGGCGGCAUGAAAAUACACAUGCCCAAAGUCAAGGUGCCCAGCGUGGUCUUCUCUAAGCCCACCGUCAAGUCUCCCAAACUGGAUGCGGACGUCAGCCUCCCACAGGCGGAGCUGAAGGCCGCUGACGCCGACAUCACCGUCACGGCCCCCGACGUCACGCUGCCCUCCGUCGAAGGCUCCCUCGAGAUCCAGGCGCCUGACACAGACCUCAAAGCGCCCUCCGCCGAGGGCAAGCUCGAGCUGGAAGGCUCGGGUCUGAAAGGCAAGCUCAAGAUGCCCAAGUUUGACAAGCCCAAAUUCACAGUGUCCUCCCCCAAGGCCGUGGCGCCCACAGUCGAGGUCAGUUUGCCCAGCGCAGAGGUCGACCUCCCCUCCACCACUGUGACGGCCGCAGGGGAGGGCACCGGCUUGAAGCUGGAGAAGCCCUCCCUCAAGAUGCCCAAAGCUGAGGUCAAAGCUCCCAAGGUGGACAUCAGCCUGCCCUCCGUCGACGUCUCCCUUCCACAGGCCGGCCUCGACCUGCAGGCGCCCGAGGCCACCCUUAGCCUUGAAGGAGAAGCCAAGGUCCCAGAGAAGGAGGCCGGCAAGACCAAGGACGGCAAGUUCAAGAUGCCCAAGUUCGGCAUGCCUUCCUUUGGCUGGUCCAGCAGCAAAGAGGCCAAGGGCACAGUGGCUGCAGAGGUGGACGUCAGUCUCCAGGAGCCUCAAGUGACAAUGCCGUCAGCAAUGGCUGAGGUGGACAUGACAUUUUCUGACUCUGAGAUCCAAGCACCCAGUUUUGACGUUUCCCUAGAUCCUUCUGUUUGUAAAGAGGUGGAUGUUGGUAAAUCUAAAACUUCUCUAUUUAGAAUGCCUAAAAUUUCUCUUUCUAAAACUUUCAAACCUCAUGCACAAAGCCAGUCUGGAUCUGAUGUUUCUGUUUCAGAAACUCUUUGUUAUUCUUUAACAGGGGAAACUUCUGAUGUUUCUCAGAGUGUUGAACCUAAACUUUUUCCUGACGUUAAGGAAGAGAGUGUCUCUAAAAGUACCAAAUUCAGAAUUCCUAGCAUUGGUUUUUCUAAAUGUGAAGUGACUUCAUCUAAAAUUGAUCUGGAGUCCUCAUUACAAAAGGGGGAUAUUACUCUUACUAAAUACCAAAUUAAUUCCCCAGAAUCAAAAAUAGCAACUCCUGCUGAUGAAAAUCUUUCAGAUUUUGAAAUUUUAUGUGAUGAUGGUUCUGAGGAGCAAGGAGGUAUUAAGCUAGAGGGCAAAACCACUUCUGCUGAAAUAUCUUUGUUUGACACAGAGGUCACAGUUAAUAUUCCUAAAUUCCGAAAACCAAAAUUCAGAAUUCGAGCUAAGGAAAAAGCAUCUGAAAGUGACAUUGGUUCCAGCAUGGAAUCUGAAAUUUCCAAGGGGAGGAUAAAAUCUGAUAUGACUGAUCCUGAUAUUGAAAAAUCAGCUCAAAUCUCUGAUGCCCAACUUGGUUUAAAGCCUUCACUUGAAGUUGUUCUGGAUGCACCAGCAAUGGAUCCAAAUCUCUCAUCCAUGGAGGUUACCUUGCCGAACUUAGAAGCAGAAAUCCAUGGCCCAGUUUUAGAGUGCAAGGCAGAACAGGAAGUUGUUACAGGAGAGAAGGGUACUGAGGAGAAAGAAAACAAAUUUAAAUCAUCAAAAUUCAAACUGCCUUCAUUUAGGUGGUCACCAAAGAAAGAAGCUAUUGCUCCUUCUCAUGUUGAGGAACAUCUGGAAGGACGCACUUUGUCUACCUUAUCUGGAGACAUGGGAUCUGAAUUAACUUUUCCUACUCCUGAGAAUCAAUACCUUAAUGAAGAAUUUGAUACAACAGAAAAAGAUGGUGAAAAGGCCAAAACCAAGAAGUCCCAAUUUACCAUGCCAAAGAUCUCAUUCCCUAAAAUUAAGGGUCAGAAAGUACAGGUCUCUCUGCCUGUACUGGAAACUGAUGUUUCUGGACCCAAACAAGAAAUAGAAGGUGUUUCUGUUCAGAAAUCUGAGAAAGGAAGUAGUGGAGAAGGGGCAGGACUGGGCAUAGAAGUGCCUAAAGUUACAGUCCCAACUUUGGAAUUUUCCAAACCAGAAGCCAAAGCUCCCAAAAUAGAGAUGGAUAUUAGCAUGCCUACAGGUGAGGUCAAAGUUCCUACCUGUGAAGGAGAUGAGCUGACACUGAAAUCAGCUGCUGCUAAUGCCAGCCUCUCCACCUCAGAUAUUAAGAUGAUACCUGAAGGUUCACUUGAGGUGAAGAGUCCUGACAUAACUGUUGAAGGAACAUCAAGUGAAAUUGCUGUGUGUGAUGUAGACAUAAAAGCUGAAGGUUCUGAAGGAAAACCAAAAAUGUCUAAGUUCCAAAUGCCAAAGGUAGGAAUUACACUUUCUAAAGGAAAAGGGUCAGAAAAGGAUGUUGGCCAAUCCAAACCAGAAGUAAAGGUUCCCCAACUAAAAGCAACAGUAGAAAUAUCUGACAUAGCUGUUGAAGCACCCGACUUGAAGGUGGAAUGUGGCAUAGAAACAGGGACUUACAGUCCUGAAACCAAAAUUACCAAAACUGACAGUAAGACAUCAGAGGCUGAUGUUCACCUCCCAUCAGCUGACAUUCCUAUUCCAAAAACAGACAGUGAUAUUCAAGAUUCAGAUGCAGCAGUAAAGAUCAAGGGGGAAAUAAAGCAAGAUGGAGAUGGAGAAGAGAAAGAAGGACAUUUCAAAAUGCCCAAAUUCAAACUUCCAUCCUUCAGUUGGUCACCAAAGAAGGAAGCAAGUGUUAAAUCUGAUUCUGGAGCAAAUUUGGAAGACCAAAAACUUGCUGUCGUGUCAAGCAGAAUAGACACAGAAGUGAAAGGUACUACAACUGAUGAUCAAUGUAGUGGGCCAGACCUUGAUCUGGAAAUAUCUGCAGGAAAAGUUGAACAAAAAAGCCCCAUUAAAAAGCCUCAAUUUGUCAUGCCUAAAAUUUCACUCUCCAAGAUCAAGGUUCCAAAAUCUCAGUCUCAGUCACCAAAAGUUGAAGCUGAUGCUACUCUUCUUAAAAGAGAAAUAGAGGGUGAUGAUUCAAUUAAGAUACCUGAUAUAGAAAAAAGUCAUCCUGAAGGGACUAAAGAAGGGGCACAAAUCAGCAUAAAACUGGCUGACACUACGGUCCACACUCUGGAGUUUUCCAGAGUAGAAACUGAAGCCUCUAACACUGAAAUAAUAGUCAGCUCAGCAAAGACUGAUGCUUCUUUGACUCCCUCAGAGGGGAGUUUUCAACAGGUUGACUUAAAAAUAAGUUCUACCAAUGAAGGUAACAUUCAAAAAACAGGUACUAAGCUCCCCAAAGGAGAAGCUUCAGUUGAUUUGAAGAGCCCUGAUAUGUUAACAGGAAACUCAUCAGUUGUGGAUGGAAGAAAAAUGAAAUUGGAAGGUCCUGAAGGGAAGAUUAAAAUGCCCAAAUUCCAGAAGACAAAGUUUGGAAUCUCCCGCACAAAAGGGAAAGUCCCAGAGACAGAGAUCAGCUCUCCAAAAAUAGAAACUGAGCCACCCCAACUGAGAACAACAAAUGAAAUUGCUGACAUUGCUGUGGAAGUUCCAGCAUCAGAACUUACAUCUGAUAUGUCAGAUCCUGGAGUAGUUGAUGGUAAGAUAAAAACAUCCCAAGCUCUGACGGGUGGCACUGAAGAUGCAAAGGUAGACAUAAGCACCCAGUCAGUGCCUAAACCAAAAACAGAGAGAGUUACUGAGAGUCUUGGGGAGAAGGAAAUCAAAUUAAAAGAACGUGAAAUAAAAGCUGAAGAAGUUCAGACUGAAGAACACCAGGGAUGGUUUAAAAUGCCAAAAUUCAGAAUACCUGCAUUUGGCAGGUCAUCCUUAAAGGAAAAAAAAAGUGAUGCUGAUAUUGAAAGAAGUAUGGAAAAAGCUCAGGCAACUACUCCUUCUGCUAAAGUACAAACUGAAACAAGCGUCCCUGAAAAUAUCUUCUCAUUACCACAUGCAGUUGCUGAAAUUACUAUUGGAAAAGAAGGGAUUCAAAAAUUAGGAGAUUCUAUGAAGAGUUCUAAUGUUAGCUUGCCAAAGAUUGAAGGAGAUAUUUCAUUAUCCACAGAAAGAACAGAUAGUAGAGUUAGUAUUCAAAAAACUGAAACUUACACAGAUGUAGUUAAGUGCAGUGCUGAAGGACAUACUUCAGAAAUCACAGUGUCUGCAGCAGAAUUGUCUAAAUCAUACCCAAGUUCAGAAACUGACAAGGACGAGAGUUCAACAAAUAGGUUUCCUACAUGUACUCUGACAUUUCCAGAGCAUAAAGGCAAAUCACAGGAUAUAAAUGUCCAAAAGGUAGAAAAUUCCAUGAAAUUAGAGACAUCAGAGGUAGAAUGCAAACCAUCAUUAGCUGAAAUUACUCUGGAUGCAACACAGAAGAAAAUAGAUGUUAGUCUUCCAAAGGAAGAGCUAGAUUCUCAAAAUAAAGAGGCAGCAAUUAAAAAAGGAAAGAUAAAGGGUGAGGUGAAAAUCAUAGGAAAAGACAGUGAAGAAAGUCAGUUAAAAAGGACUAUGUGUGAAUGGUCUACAACAGAAGGAUUGGAAGAUGGUACUUACGUUACUGCUAAACUGGAAGAUCUAAAGGUAGAAGUUCCAACAGUGAAGACGGAUGUUAAAAUUACUGGAGUAGAUCCUGAAAUGAAAUUUCGCGUGAAAAGUGUUGAAAAGGAUACGUCUGCAGGAGUGGAAGUGCAAGUAGAAGACAGAGCAGAAAUAAGUAGAAUUAAAGCAUACAAGUUUAAGAUUCCAAGAUUUGGAAUGUUGCAUUCUGAAACCAAGGGGUUUGAAGAUGAUACCGAUUUGCCAAAGUCAGAAGCUGAUUCAGCACCUAAAAGUGAAAGAGGCACAGCAGAAAUGCAGUUACAAAAACCAGAAGGAUGGAUUGGCCUGAAAAGUCCAGCUCUAGAUCAUAUAGAAGCAUCUGCCAGAAUAACAGGGGAAACAGUGGACCAAACACAAGGUGUCCCAGAAGUAAGUGUAAGAAUUCCCAAACUAAAAAUACCAAGAUUCACUUUCAGAACUCCCCCAAUUGAAGCUGAUGUUUUACUGUCAAAAGUUGUAACAGAUCCAAAGGGAUCUAGUACUGACAUUGAAAUAGUGCAACUGCCAGCAAGCUCUGCUAUCCCUGAAGAAACAUCAGGAGCUGUAGAGGGGGGUAUUCAAAAAGCAAAAAGCAAAAUUUUAACACUGACUGAGCCUGACAUAAAAACAGCACAAAUGACAGCUACCAUUGAGUCCUCCCUUUCAAGUCCAGGGCAAGACAUUCAUUGGUCUUAUAUAGAGGGCCAAGAAGUAAGUGAAAAAGUAGAAACUGAACGUGUUGCUAUUGAGCGGUGUGAGAUUUACACUACUGAAAUACUGAAAGAAUCAGAGAUUCUGUCAUCAGAGGUCAAAACUGCUACUUUGGGAUUCUCAUUGCUCAAGGCCAAGUUGCCUGAAUCACACAGUGAUUUAGACAUGCUGGUCCAGCAGCCAUCUCCAACAGGAGAUGCAUUAGUGAGAAAACCUACAGGUGGUGGUGAAAGCUUUGGAGUAGCAGCACAGAGACCUGGCAGUUCUGAGCUUAAACUAUCUGACAAACCACACUGUGAGUCUGAAGAAUCUAGAGGAAAAGUAAGUUUGUCAAAGUUAAAAACAUCUGCUGCUGAAGUAAAGGGUCCCAGUAAACUUGAAGAGAGUUUUCCUGAUAAAUCACCAGAGGGAGUAACUGCAGCUCCUCUCUCUGAAGAUGAAGAUGUAGUUGAAGCAGUGGAAGGUGAAGAAAAAGACAUAACCAAUGAGAAAGAAAAGACUGAUAGUAAAAGGUCUCCUGGAAGAUUUAAGUUUUGGCUUCCAAGUAUUGGCUUUUCAGCUUCUGGGGAAGAAGCAAGCACAGAUGCAAAAGCAGAAAUAAAAAAAUCAGUUCCAGAAGAUGUGAAACCUGCUGACACAUCAGAUGAUUCCUCUAAGCAGAGUGAAAAAACUGGAUGGUUUAGAUUUCCCAAGCUUGGUUUCACAUCUCCCUCCAAAAAGGCUAAGUCUGUUGACAAAGAAGAGGUGGGUCAUAAAGAGGGGAGACUCUCAGAUGAAGAUAGCCCAACAGAUAAGCCAGAUGUGUUUUUUGAUGCACGAGAAAGCUUAUCACCUAAAGAAAUAGGAGAAGGUGAAAAAGCUGAAACUGACAGGGCCUCAUCUAUCGUGACAUCUUCAGCAAGAACUGAACUAAUAUUGUUGGAGGAAGAAAAAGACAGUAAAUCUAAUAUUGUUGGAGAUACAACCAAAUGAAGGUUGUAUUUUCUCAAUUCUCAAUGAAAACAAAAUCAUCCACGGAAGAGAAUGUUUUCCUAAUUUUCUACUAACAAAAUUAAAACCCAAGGUUGGUAUUCAUGAAAACACUUGAACAGAAUUUACUGCAUUCAAAUUUUCAAGUACAUGGACGUACUAGAUUGUACACUAAUAAAAAGAAUUAUUUCUUCAUAUCUACCCCAAAGGCAGCAAUUAUGACAGGUGCAGAUGAGCCCAUAAUUUGAGCAAAGUCUGAGUAUAUACCAGAACCAUGAAAGUAAAUCAUUGACAGGCUCAACAGUACCAAAAGAAUUGUUAAAGAGGCUUCUCAAAACCCACCAGUUAUAUUUAGAUUACAGAUUAUUUCCAGAAUGGGUUCUAAACAAGUAUUAUGAGAACUAUACUUACCUGUUUAGAUUUUGGAACUUUCUGAUCCACUUUUGCUUUGUUAUUAAAAUGUUUUUUCUUUAUUUCAGCUAAGGUAGUAUGUAUAGUCCACAAACAUUUUAAAAUAUAAAAUAAAAAUUAAAUAUUAGUGUAGAGAGACUACGCUUUGCCUCUUCAUCUCUUCUCAUUUUUUAUUAUUGUGGUGGGUCAUAUUUAGCCUUACAAUAAUUAAAAAAAAAAACCAACCAAAAACAGCAAAACCAACAGAAUAAUUUCAAGACCAAAAAACAUGUAACUCAAUCAUGUUUGUAAGAUACCAGAAUAAAACACGCUUACAAAGAAUAUUAUUCAAAUGUGGAUAAAUAAAUUUUAAUGUAUAUACUUAUGGGAUAGUUAAAUGCUUCGAAUGAUCUGCCACACUGGUGGAAUUGCUUCAGAGAUUUUCUGGGAAAGGAGGUGUAUAUAAUUAUUUGCUCCUCUGUUUAUAUUAGCGCUUCUCUCAAGUGCACAAUGAAAACCAGAGUGCAUAUGUGACAGCCUUCACAUGUACCAUUAAAACACUGUCUGUAUUCUUAAUUCACAAUAAACUCACUGUAUGAAUAAUAA